AGCAAAAUGGAUCGCGCAAACCUCUUCAUAAAGUGCAUGACCGAGUAGGAGAACAGGUUGGAGGUCGCAAGGGAUCCAAGUAGAAAUUAAAAAGCAAACAAUGAUAUUCCGCGCGAUUAUAAUUUUCAGUGGCUUGAUACUUGGCCGCUUGGGAGUGGGCGCCAAUAGGACUACCACUUUCAAUCGUACUUCAUCGCCAGAGCGCAGUGGACGUGUAAAUCUUUUCUCAUUUCGACCUUUAGGUAAAGAUGUGGCAAUGGGCUUAGACUUUGAAUUACCAUUUCUUCAAGUGCCUAUGAAACAAUAUAAGGACAAGUACGGAAAUUCGCCGGCUAUGGUGAAUAUCAACACAGGAUCGUUGGUUAUCAGCGGUCUAUUGGCCGGUGGCAGCUUGUUUGUGGCUCACAUCGUACGCUCCCUUAAUGUAUUUCAGGCGCGUACGGCUGAAGGCGAGUCCGAAUCAGUUGAAGUUGAGAAAAGUAAUGACAUUGGAGAAGGGAGGCAAACUAAGAAAGCUAUGAGCAAAGACGAACGAUCUUCCAAUGUAGAGGAUUAUGCAAACGAUGCAAGAAGUCUUUUGGAACACUUCAAGUUAGUCUACAAAAAUGGUACAGGCGAAAGAGUAGAGACCACACUACCCAGCCUACUGGCUCACGUCGCCGAGACUUUCUCGGACAAUGACGUAGACAUAGCAGCUUGCGUACAAAAAUCCAUUUGUUUAUGGCUACAAAAGUCCAGCAAAGAUGUCCAUCAGGGACGGGCGACAAGCUUACAAAAAAUUAUUGAUGGAGUCAGCAGCUACGGAUGGCUUUUGGAUGCGCUGGUACCUUACGAGGAUCUAAGAAGAGCCAUAAAGGCUGGCAAAAUUAACUCAGAUACCAGCUGUGUGCUGGCAUAUCCCUCAUGCCGAUGGUCCACGCCAGAUAUGCGGUUGGCGGAGCUUCUAAGAACGCAUGUGAACUUUGUUUAAUAUUUUUUAUACU